AUGCCAUCAGGAUGGAGGCGUCCUCUGGAGGAGCCUUGUGCUGGGGGCAGCACCAGCGACCUCCACACCAUCACCGGAGAUGCUGAGUCAUCUUCCACUAGAUACCAGCACCAGUACCCUCACUCCCAUCACCACCUCCACCUCCGUGUACAACAACAACAACAACAACAACAAUUUAGCUCGGGACAGCGUUCCGAUGUUAAUGCCGGCAUCACGGCAGCACCAGCACAGUUCUCCGGCGCACCGCCGCCAUUCUCCGCCGCACCACCGCCGUUCUCGGCAGUGCACCAGCUGUCAUCCUCCAGCGCCGCGACCCCGUCACCAUCUUCGUCGUCGUCGUCGACGCCUUCGUCAGCGAGACUCGCAUCGCGAGGCCUGCGCUCACACGGCUCCCGGGUAGCCUCCUUCGGCCACCCCUGCAGGGGACUCGCGCUUACGAGCAGCCUAGGGCCAGGGCGGCCGGGACAGCGGCAGGGGGCGGAAGGUCUCAGGGGCGGCCGAGGGUCUACCAGCGCCUGGGGCGCCCUUGAUGUGGAGCCUGAAGCGGGGGUAACCGACUGCUGCUGCCUCAGCAGCGUCACUGAGGAGGCGAUAGUGCACAACCUCGUUGUCAGAUACGAGAGCGAUAUUAUCUACACCAAGUUAGCGGGCGACCUCAUCAGCGUCAACCCUUACCAGCGCCUGGACCUCUACACCCCCCACCACAUCGCGGCCUAUCGCACCCCCAUGCUCGCCGACCUACCUCCACAUUUGUUCGGGAUAGGGGAGCGGGCACGGCGGGGAGUGUACGAGCUGCAGGAGGACCAGGUGGUGUUGAUGUGUGGGGAGAGCGGCUCGGGGAAGACGGAGGCCGCUCGGCUGCUUCUCAAUUUCCUCACGCCGCCCCACGUAACCCCAGCCCGCAACUGCAAGCUCAGGGCCGGGGACCGUGUGUUGCAAGCUUUCGGGAACGCGCGUACUCGGCACAACGACAACGCGUCGCGCUUCGCCAAGCACGUGGAGCUGGAGCUGGACCACAGAGGGGAGGCUGUCGGUGGCACCUUCACCUGCUAUUUACUGGAAAAAGGUCGAGUGACUCGCCGCCACGCUAGCGAGCGCGGCUUCCACUUCUGCUACCAGCUCGUGACGGGCGCCCCGCCCCCCGUACUCAAAAGCCUGCGACUGCAGAGAAGCUCUGAACAGUACACGAUGCUGACAACAGCACGACCAGCGGCCUCUGAGGCUGACGUCGACAAGCACGAAUACGCCGAGACCAAACACGCCCUGGACGUACUGGGGCUGGACGAUGCAGAGCAGUUGGCCGUGUUCAGCGUCGUGGCGGCCGUACUGAAGCUCGGCAACGUCGGCUUCACGGCCGUCAACAACAUUGACGGCACCGAGGGCUGUGCGCUCCACAACGAGUACGAGGCGCGCGAGGCGUGCGAGUUGCUGCAAUGCAGUCCCCGUCAGCUGCUGCAGGCGCUGCGCCUGCGCUCGUCUGCUGGCAGUGAGGAGGAGACUGUCAGCAUGGAGCUGACAGCCUGUCAGGCCAUCGCUGCCAGAAAUCUUCUCUGUCAGGCACUCUAUGCCAGACUCUUCUCGUGGCUCGUUACCAGAAUCAACCAAUCGCUCAAAGUCGGAGAGCCGUCAAGACGGAAGGUGUUGAGCAUCGUGGACGUGUUCGGCUUCGAGAUCCUGGAGCGCAACAGCUUCUCGCAGCUCGUCAUCAACUACAGCAACGAGCGCCUCACGCAGGUGGUGAGGCAAGCGACGCUGCAGGAGCGGCAGGAGGAGUACGUGAGGGAGGGGCUCGACUGGAUCACGCUGGACAGUCCUGUGGGCAUGCCAGCACUGCAGCUACUGCAGCAGAGCAAAUCGGGCGUCUUGGCGCUAAUAGAAGAACUGACGCUUCGUCCCGCGCCAGACCCUGACUCUUGUCUGCACAAACGACCCUCCCAGCAGGCGUGUCAGACGCAAGGGGACGCGUCUUCGUCUUAUGAGGAAGAAGACCUCCUGAAACUCCUGGCGAAGACCUACGCAGGGCAUCCCUGUGUCGAUGUCAAGCCUGGAACCUCAAGUGCCACCUCCAGCAGGCACCAGCAUCCCGAUAAUAAUCUUCCCGUUGAUGCUUUUAGAAUACGUCACUUUGCUGGGUCGGUGACGUACAGCGUUAAAGGCUUCCUCGCCCAGAACCUGGACGAGCUGUCCAAGGACCUGAGUCACGCAAUGCACUGCAGCCACCACCUCUUCCUUAGCUCACUAUUCCCUGAAGGCAACCCACGGCGAGCGCCGCACAAGCGCCCGGCGAGCGUGGUGGCGCAGGCGCAGAUCUCACUUGCGUCGCUCGUACGCCACGUGGCGGGCAAGAAAAUCAGCGUCGUCCACUGCCUCAAACCCAACGACUCGAAACUGCCGGCACAGCUGGACCAGGAGCUACUGGCACACCAAGUCAGAUAUCACUGUCUGCUGGAGAGCUGCAGUGUGAGCCGGGAAGGCUGGAUACAAGGCUGGACUCAUCAGCAGUUCCUCCAGAGGUACGGGCUGCUCUCGCCUCACACAUGGCCUCACUGGAGAGGCUCGAGCUUAGAGGGCAGUGCGCUGCUGUUGGCAGACCUCUGCCUCACGCCCUCACAGUACACCUUCGGCCGUACGAGAGUUUACGUCAAAACGCACAGCACGCUGGACGAGCUGGAGCAGGCGAGGCGGGCGAGGGUGGAGGCGCUGGCUGUGGCCAUCCAGGCGACGUGGCGGCGACACGUCCAGCGGCGCCGCUUCUGUCGCCUGCGCCGCGCCCAGGCGAUCAUCGCUGGCGCCUGGCGCCGCCAUCGGGGUCAGGCGUUGGUCAGGAAUAUGCAGAGGUUCAGAAGAGAAGACUGGGCGGCCACAGUCAUACAGAACGCAUACGUCACGUAUUUGAGGUUCAGAAGAGAAGACUGGGCGGCCACAGUCAUACAGAACGCAUACGUCACGUAUCUGCGGUGGAGGUUCUUAGAGCAGUUGCUCACGACGCCUCCCAGCGAGUCUCCCAUCGCCGAGGACUGGCCCACAGCACCCAUCCUUAUCGCCCCCCUCAGCGCCGCCCUCAGGAGGCUUCACCACCUCAACAGGUGCGCGCAGUAUCGGUUAAGGUUCGAUCAGACGGCGCGCAACCGCAUGCGGGAGAAAGUGACGGCGUCCAUCAUCUUCAGGGACCGCAAGGCUUCUUACAACAGAAGCAUAGGACACCCGUUCAUGGGAGACUACGUGAGACUGCGACAGAACGCGCAGUGGAAAAAAAUCGCUGCCGACACCAACGAUCACUACAUCGUCUUCGCUGACAUCGUUAAUAAGAUCACCAGAUCUGCAGGCAAGUUCGUGCCGAUCCUACUGGCGGUGUCGACGAACGCGCUGCUGGUGGUGGACCAGCGCUCGCUGCACCUCAAGUACCGCAUCCCCGCCGCCGACAUCGCCAGGAUAUCGCUCUCUCCGUUCAUGGACGACAUCGCUGUGGUGCACGUGAAGCCCUCGUCGCCGACCACGGACCUGACGGCGCCCAGGCCUCCUGACACGUCGCAGGGCGGCUGCCUCUUCGGCUCGGACGUGGGCAAGCGCAAGGGCGACAUCGUCCUGCAGACGGGGCACGUCAUCGAGGUCGUGACGAAGCUCUUCCUCGUCGUACAGAACGCCACCGACAGCCCGCCAGACAUCGUCAUCGCCACCGAAUUCGAAACAAACUUCGGAGAGAGCACCGUAGUUUUUUCGUUCCGCACCACUGGAUUGGCGGACGUCGCUCCGGGACACAUCCGGAUUAUCCGCCGACAAAACCGGAUGGAAGUGCACCUUUGAUCUUCCGGUAAACGGCGGAAACGCUUAGGGGAAAUUGUCUUAUUUGGAAUUAACUUGAGUGGUCACUUAUUUUUUGUCUCUCAUUUCUGCUACUGAAAUUAUUCGGUUACUUCCACCGAUUCAAAGGCAGUAUCACGAAUGCAUUAUUUUGAGCAAGAAUUAUCUUCAUUUGUUACAUCAAAUUCACCCGUUAGUUAUAUUGUGGUGAAAAUAUUUUUUCAUUCGAGUCAAUGAAUUCGCAAGACAUCCAACACAGAUAUUUUAUUUUUAAACUCAAAUUUUUCUGAUUUUUUAACUGUCAAAUGUUAUUUUAAAAUUAAUAACCUCAUGGCCAAUCUCCAGCAAAUUUGUUCCAUUUACGAACAAAUUCAAAACCUACUUACAGCUCAAUUAUUUACAAUUUACAGACAGUAGAAAAAUAGAAACUUCAGAGCGAAUAAACCCCCUUUAUUAGUAGUAAAAUAAUGGAAAAGCGAUCAAGUUUUCUUGAGAAAAUAAGUGGUAGAAAAUAUAGAGGAAAUAAUUUUUAUUGAUUCUUUUAGCUAUACAGCUCAACGAACUUGGUUAGCUCAAGCUUUUCGGAUAAGACAUUAAUUACCAUUUUGAAAAUUGCCGUUCAAAUGUCCAUGUGUUCAAUUAAGUAAAUGAGUUCAUAUUUUGAUCUAGAGAGUGAAAUUUAUUGUCUGAGAGACAGCAGAACACUAUUAUUGCAAGGUCAUGAGUGGAGCAAGAAAUUUUGUGAUACAAUUUGACAUUGCUCGCUAAUUUACUAUACUUGGCAUCGCAAAAAAAGAAAGUUCUUCAUCACUAACGCGCAUCACCCAGAAAUAUUGUCGGUUUAUCCCGUCAUGUACAAGUCCAAACUUUGCGCCUCCACGCAAAUAACGUAAAGACAACGGCUAACCGACGUAAAUUCAGAGUUUAUACGUUUAAUCAAUUUUGAUUUGACGUAAGAUUCAUUGUGGGUCACAGAAAUGUGUUUUAUGUUUAAAAUUGUCUACAUUUCCAUAUUGAGCAAGUUUUGUUAGA